CUAUGUCUAGUUGCGUAAUAUUUUUGCCUCUACGGUCUACGCCGAGAAUCGUCAAGCAGUUCAUGGUUCAUCUGUGGGUCUGGCGAUAGUGUAACGUUACAAGUGCUACAAAAUUUCUGUUUUGUGUGUUGAUACUACGAUGACCAAUAUACGAUGAACAAUAAAGAAAAAUCGAGAAGUGCUGCCCAAAGAGGGACGUAGGGAGAAAGAUGACUUCCGUGUGGAAGCGGCUGCAAAGGGUCAACAAGCAGGCAGCAAAAUUUCACUUCACGGUCUCCUACCAGGAACUUGUCAUUGUGGGAUCUAAAAAAUGGCACCCAAACAAAAUUUCCAUCAUAUGGACUCGGAGAAACCGCCGUAUAGCGUCUCAGCCACGAUCGUGGGAGCCAACGAUUCGAGAUCCCUACAAGGGACGGGUGGUUUGGCCUGUGCCAGAAAAUGUCGAAACCGUUGUCACCCUCUUCAAGGAUACAACGCGCACAGAAUUUGAACCCAAGGAAUGGAACUUCGUUCUCGAGGAUAUUUCACCUACUGGGAGGAGACGUCAUGUUGCAGUGGCACCGCUCAACUUGGCGGAGUUCGUCAACAUGUCCAAGGUACAAUCUGACGUGAUGCUAGAGUUCAAGCCACUCUCUGUCAAGUGCACAGAUGCACGGCUGACACUUACUGUGUCCUGUUCAUUACUCUGUGAAGGAAAGGCCACAGAUGAAGACAUGCAGAGCGUGGCCAGUUUAAUGAGUCUUCAAGCUCCUGUUGAUCAUGAUGUGGGAAACCUGGAUGACCUGGAGGACGAAGAUGCUGCCCUUCGAAUUUCGGAACUGGCAGUGCGUUGCGGAACACUUGCCACAAAUGGCUCCAUUCCUCCAUCCCCGUUGGCUGCAAGAAAACAAGUUGAACGACGCUCACCAUCGAAUGAAUUGAAUAACUCUGACUCAACAACUAACCCUGCAGUGCCAUCGAGUAACCCCUUUGAAGAGGACAUGAAUUGUGACAAAGGGCAGGAUGCUGAUGAAGGGAAUGAUGAAACAGAUGCAAAAGAGGAACAGGAAGCUGAGAGAGAAUCUAGCCCCGAAGACCUCUUGACAUGGUGCCAAGAAGUGACAAGCGGCUAUGCAGGCCUGAAGGUCACAAAUAUGACCACCUCCUGGCGCAAUGGAAUGGCAUUUUGCGCUGUCAUUCAUCAUUUUUACCCUGAACUCGUCGAUUUCAACUCGCUUUCUCCGCAUGACAUCAAAGGAAAUUGUAAAAAGGCUUUUGAUGCUGCUGCAUCCUUGGGAGUUCCUCGACUCAUUGACCCUGCUGACAUGGUGCUCCUAACAGUGCCAGACAAGUUGGUUGUAAUGACUUACCUGCAUCAGUUGAGAAGCCAUUUGACUGGCCAGGUCAUGAUGGUUCAACAUAUUGGUCACACCACUGCUGACUCCACUUACACAAUGCCAGCAGCACCAGAUGUUGUUGACUCAACACUUCCCACUUCCAUGACAGUGCCCCAUAGCCCAACUCAACAAAAAGCUGUAAAAGAGGACUCACCAACAACACCUUCACCAUCAUUUCCUGAACAUACAAAGAAGACAAUAUUGGGCUUCCCAAAGCGUUUGGCACAGUCUUUGAAAGACUCUCGAAAAACUAAUGCACCCAUGGUAAAAUCAUCAUCUGAGCCUCCUCAGUCUAAGUCGAGCUUGAUGACGCGGCAGCAGCUCAUGAAUCCAUUUGAUUCCGAUGAAGAAGAGGACAAGGGAAAAAUUGCAAGACAUAAGAAAGCACUGGGAAAGCAAAGAAGCGUUGAGAGGACAGAUUCAGCCUCUGACAAAGCAAAGGUUUCCUCUGGUGAAGUUUCCCCCCUGCGUAGUCCCGACGAAAGAGUAAAAUCGAUCGCUGAAGAUUCUUCCACACCCACGGGAGAACAGCCCACGAAUCGCACCCCAGACAAGCAGCCAUCCAGCCGAGAAGAGAGUCCUGUAAAGACAACACUCAGAGUCAUUGAUCUCUCCCCUACGCAUUCUGGGCGGAGUACCUCUGUGCCAAAUGGCUUCCCGGGUUCUCUCAUUGACCCCAGAAAGAGGCCCGCAGGACGACUGGCUGAACUGCAGGAGCGCGCUCGCAGGCUGUUGGAAGAUACUCGCAGCCAGAGCGAAGCUCCGGGAUCUGGAGAAGCACCUCUGACCGAGCACGAACAACGUCGACGGGAGCAGCUGCGAGAGCGGGCACGAAGGAUGAUUGCGGAAGCGCGACAGGGGAUGACGCAGGUUGCGGAAGUAACCAGCGGUACAGACAACGGCGUGAUCAACAGCCUAAAUAAUAACGUUCGUCUGGAGAGACCCAUUGCCCGGAGAAGCCCCGGGCUUCAUACAGCAGGAGGAGAACUGCACCGUUUCCAUUUCUACCAGUUUCGACGCCGUGCUGAAGACAACGAAAAGAAAGAUAGCAGAGGAAGCACCCCAGAGAAUGAGAUCAAUGGCAACCCCAAUACGUGUACCUCAACUAGCACUAAGAGCCAGGACCGGCAGUCACCAUCUCUUGACUUAAUUAGAGAUAUUGAAGAAGGCUUUAGAAAUUCUCGCAAAAAGAAGUCUUACGUGGAGAUGGAACUGGAGGCAUUGGAACGCGAGCGGCGACAGAUUGAUGCUGAAGCCGAGAGGUUUGAACCGUACUUAAGGAAAAUCAUGAAGAGUGGCAACAAGACUGAAGAAGACCACUGCAUGCAGAAAUGGUUUACGCUAGUCAACAAGAAAAAUGCUCUCAUUCGCCGCCAGAUGCAACUCAACAUCCUGGAGAAAGAGGAAGACCUGGAGCGUCGCUUCGAGCUUCUGAACCGGGAGCUGCGCGCCGUCAUGGAGCUGGAAGACUGGCAGAAGACGGAGGCGCAACGCCGAAGGGAGGACCUCUUGCUCGAGGAGCUGGUGGCUAUCGUGGACCAGAGAGACGAGCUCGUGCAGCAUCUCGACUCGCAGGAGAAAGCGAUCGCCGAAGACGAGUUUGUGGAACGGGCCACCAGACGCCAGACCCUACCACCGCAAGAGAAGAACUGCGUGCUGCAGUGAUGCACAGUUCGUAGGACAGAUAUAGGAAUAAUAAAACACGUGGACAACAACAGCA